AUGGCAAUGGCAAAGUCCCUGGUGGCGUUCUUUGCAGCCUGGGCAGCAGUGGCUUGGGCAGAGGCCAUCGAACUUGAUUUGCCAGACGAUUGCGAGGGUUGCCAGGGUCUGAACCUUCUUCAAAGGAAAGCAUCGCAGGACGCAAAAGCCAAUGAAACCUUACAUUGGCAAGGUGCUCGAGAAACAGGCAAUAUUUGCAUGUGGUCCAACUGCGAGCCGCAUUUGGGCCCUACGGAGUGUUACCACUUCCGCUGUGUGUGCCGCACGGACUUCGUCUACUCCGAGUUUGUGAAGCAAUGCGUCCAUCGCUACACCCCCGAGGGCAUGAAGGUCGUGUCGCCCCAGGACACUGGCGCCACAUGCUUCUUCAAUGACUGCCAAGCCAAGUUUACAGUUUGCUCUGACAGCAAGUGCCUUUGCAUUCCUGGCUUCAUUUACUUCGCAGAUCAAGGAUCCUAUGGCGGCUGCCAGCGGGACCCGAACCUAUUCCCGCCUAACCAGGUUUGGUCACCCAGCGAUGACCUGCAUAGGUGGCAGGAGCAGCAACAGCAGCAACAGCAGCAACAGCAGCAGCCGCCGUCACCGCCGCCUCAACAAGAACAACAAGAUCAUCAGACAGCGUCCAGUUCUUCUUGCACCAGUCACCCAGCAUGCUCGGGCUUGGCAGGAAAUUGCUGUCCCAACGACUUGGGCUUGAGCCUGUCUUGCUGCUUGAGUCGGUAG